AUGAUAAGAUAAUUCGCUUGAAUAAUGGGUUUGUAGAGUUCAAUGGUUUGAGCUUUAGUGACAAUUCAAGCUGGACCAAAACUAAGAAGUUUAAAUUGGGAGUGAAAGUUUUGGAUGAGGAAAUCUUAACUCGUUUUCCAAGAAUUGACGAAGCUGUCUCCGAACCCCUUAGAGUGAUGGAUCAGCGUGGUGAAGGGUACAAGAAACACCACCCCCCAAGUGGGGAAGAUGAAAUAUACCGAUUGGAUGGAAUUGCCCAAGGUGGUGCAUAUCACCAACGCUUGUCCUCCAACGGAAUAAAUAAUGUGGGUGAUUUUUUGAAGACUUAUAAACAAAAGGGUUCUACUUAUCUAAAACAGGUACUUGGUGGGAAAGUCCCUCAAAAGAUAUGGACAAAGAUGAUUAGUAAUGCUUUAGAAUGUGAUUCAGUGGAAAAUGAAGCUAAUUUAAACACCUGGGAAGAUGUGGAACUUCAUUGUCAAGACUUUCCAUCCUUCAAUCCAACUCCUACGCAACGCUUGGGGGAUAACUAUGAAGCAAUGGGAGCUGGCAAAGGUUUGAAAGGGAAGGGGGAGCCAGACAAGCAUUAUUUCAUUUUCGAUGAUGAUUAUCCACCAUUGUUGCCACAUGGAGAGGCUUCAACCUCAUACAACCAUAACUAUAAUGGGCGACCUUGCAAUGGGUUGGUGCCUAGACCCAAACAAAGUAUUAUUACUCCAACAUUCAACAGUAAAUUUAGAGAGGAAGAGAGAAAAAACAGUGAUAAAAGCUAAAUAUUCACACGAUUUUGGCGAGAAACAUAGAGUACUGAGAAGCUUUCGGCAUUGUUUUUGUUGUGUUUGAUUUGAGUUUUAGACAUUUAUGGCCGAGUGAGUUGACCUACGUUCAGGGUUAAGGACUAUUUUGUUUUAGAAUAAUGUUGAGUGUGAUAGAAACAUAUUUACUUCUUGUUUUGAUGCUUAAAAUUUUGAGAUCAAUGUUGUGGGGUUCCAAAAAUAAUAGUUAAAGUUAUUGA